GAUCUUUUUUAGUCUAUGGUGCUCAAGUUUCUUGAAGAAGCGUCACCGUCAUUCAUUGUGUUUUGUAAAAUCAAAAUACUUCAUUUUCAUUGAUAACAACAAAUAGGUACAUCUUUUAAAAACCACAAUGUCGAAAGCUCAUCCUCCAGAAUUGAAAAAGUUCAUGGACAAGAAACUUUCCAUCAAACUCAAUGCCGGUAGAGCGGUCACAGGCGUUCUGCGGGGUUUCGAUCCUUUUAUGAAUUUGGUUCUCGAUGAAUCCGUGGAGGAAUGCAAGGACGGACAACGUAAUAAUAUUGGCAUGGUGGUCAUUCGUGGAAACAGCAUCAUUAUGUUGGAGUCACUAGAUAGGAUAUAGUAUAGCAUAGUUUCAUUCCUUAAGUUAAGAUUUAAUGUUAAUACAACUGUAUCAGACACUUUCAACUCCUGUUUUUGAAAUAAAAUUAACUAAGUAACUGAUAACACAUAGCUAAAUUCUGUAAUUUUGAUAAUUAGAUUGUAAUUUUUAUUUGGGUAUUACUGUUUGUGAACUCCGCUGCUAGACAUAUGCCUCUUGUAAGAACAAAAAACAUAUCUCCAGCUGCCUAUAUCCAGCGGAUAAUUUAUUUGUCCACCUAAUGGAUGGUCGUGCUAACACUGUGCUAUCAAGUUCAGGGUCACCGUUCUUGCACCUUGGUCAGAGACCAUAGGCUCUUUGAACCCUGUGCCCGUCCACUGUCACUUCAGCUUAGUAACUCUGAACUCGAUACAGGUGUUUCUAAUAGUUCUUAAUGUAACAUUGGUGUACUGAGAAUUGAAACCAAAAGUUUUAUUGUAUUGAGCAAAUUGUAUUCCAGUGAAGUUCAACAUUAGCUGUAAAAAAAAGAAAUUUUGUUCUGAAUUUAGUAAUAUUUAAUAAUAACUGGUAAUAAAAACCAAGUCUGGAACUAUUUCUCAUGUGUGAUAACAAUAUUAUUAAAGUAAGAUUUCAUUUAA